AUGUGUCGAGCUGCUGUGCUGAACAAAGCGAAACGACACAUCAAAAACGAUAAGUCAUUUGCUCUCGCAAAUGGCAGGAUGUUGCGAGACUCGUGUAUUGGUAGGACAAUGUCAAGUCUGUAUUCCUCUGCCGUUGAUCCAUUAGCGGAUGAAAAUGCUGUCGCCGUUUCUGUGCUUGCUUCUCGUAGUGUUUACUUUGUUGUAUCAUCGGUCAACGACGAAGUUUCAUGUUGCUCUGUCGCCGAUGAAAUCACGCUACUGUUUUGGUUGCUGCGUUCGCUUGUCAUUCGCUAUCCGUUGCAGUCAUCGAUCGAGCGGAAGUGUACUUUUCUCGUCGAUCGAUAUGGAAGGUAUUUUGGUGGUUGACUCUGCGAGUACCUUAAUUAUCACCCGUGUCUGGGAUUUGAACGGGGCAGUAUCUACACGCAUUCAAACCUGCAAAUCCUUUCAUAAAGUUGCAUUUGCAUCCCGCAAAGCAGGUGACUACCUUCGAAUCUCAGACACGGGUUUUAAUUAUGCCAUCCCACAAAUUGGUUGACUUCAAAAACACUUUUUUCUGGAG